GCGAAUCUGGCGAGGAAGCAGCUGCACCGGUGGUGUGUGUCCGUGUUGUGUUUUCAGCUGUUGCUUAUGUGUGUGUGUGUGACUGUGAGUGUGUGUUUCACCGAUGGAGUCGAACAGUGCGGCGUACGGAGCCUCUCUCGCCGGAGCGGGAUUCGAUCUCAUCAAAUUCAUCAAACAGCCUCAAACGAUCAUACGAUUCCUCAGCUGGGUGUUCGCUAUUGUGGUGUUUGCCUCCAUAACCGCUGAAGGUUACGUGAACAGCAGCACUGAAAACCAGGUGAAGUGUGUCUUCAACAGGAAUGAAGGGGCGUGUCAUUACGGCGUAGGCAUCGGCGUCAUCGCCUUCCUGGCCUGCAUCGCCUUCCUAUUGGCUGAUGCGUUCCUUCCGUCGAUGAGCAAUGCUCAGGAGAGGAAGUACGUGGUGAUGGCUGAUCUGGGCUUCUCAGGUGCCUGGACGUUCCUGUGGUUUGUGUGUUUCUGUCUCAUGGCGGAUCAGUGGUCAAAGACCCAAGACACCAGCGGCAUCCCUACGGAUGCCGUCCACGCCGCCAUCGCCUUCUCAUUCUUCUCCAUCGGAUCGUGGGGAGCGUUAAGUUACUUCGCUCUGGUGAGGUUUCGUCAGGGUGAUGCAGAUGUGUCCCAGAACUACGCCGAUCCGCCGGCGGUCCCCACGUCACUGUAUCCCACCACCUACACGCCGCUAACGUAUCCGUCCUUCCAGAACACUGGUCCAGACGUCUACCAGCAGCCGUCCUGAAACGGAAACCGAAACACGACACCCAGGUCACGUGACACCACGGGAUGUGGGAGGAGCCUCGGCAGGCAGCCAAUAGGAGACUGUUUGCCAUUUUACACGUGGCCUUAAAUGUGUAAACAUUCAAGUGUUUAUUUACAUGACUGUAGAUGAGUUCAGAUUUGCACCGAUGAGCUGAAAUAAAGCCGUAAGUUAUUGUGAAGCAGGUCUGUCGCUCACACUGGAAUCGCAGCAGCGUUUGUUAACGUUUUCCCAGCUGAAUGAGUAGGAAUGUGACGGAAACAAAAAGAGCCCAUUGACUUCGUUUACUAAUUGUGUUAGUGAAUGAAGAGCUGGUGUGAUUCACCAUAGAAAUGUGGUGCAAUUACCAGAUUACAUGCUUAAACAUCCAGUCAAGCUGCAAUGGAGGUUUUGGGCUGUAAAUGAAGCAUCUGUGAUGCGUUUAUUUGCUUCCAGAUCUGAUUUAAUGUAAAAAACUGAGUCUUACAUGGCUAAAUCUGGUUUCUGGAUAUGAAAACAUUCACUGAUCCACAUAAACACACUGUGAUGCAGAUCUCUGUUUGAUCUGUUUUUCUGGUUUACCUGCCAUAUAACAUUGAUUUGGUAAAGUUUAUCCAUUGCACACCAACCAUUUCAAAGCUUAUCAUCUGGGAAUAUGUUCAUAUAUAUAUAUAUAUUUCAAAAAAAAUUUAAAUGUUUGAGUUGCAGUUUGCUUUAUGUGUAUUUUCAGGUUACUGAUUUAAAUCGGUUUCUUGUUGUCUUUAAGCUCAGUUUUCUCUGAAUAACCAGCUUCAAUUCUUUAAGUGCAGCUAAAAGCAAA